AUGGUCAAGGAAAACACCAAGGGCAAAAAGAAGGGCGCCGCGGCUUCUCCCUCUUCUCCAGACGACGAGAAGCCGCUCCCUCUCAAGCGCCCCGGCACCUCGGGCACCGAGAACCUGCUCAUCACGAACCGCCGCCAGGCCUCGGAGCAGUACCUCAAGGCCCAGCGCGCCGAAAAGGCGUACCGCUCCAAGAAGCACGCCACCCGCGCCCGGGAAAGCUACAAUGAGACCAAGACGCAUUUCCGUGAGGCCUUUUCGCACUUUGGGCAAGGUUUCAAGGGCAUCUUCUCCGUCAUCAAGGCCAUCCCCUACCUCGUCGGCGAGAAGCGCGAGCAGAGGCGCAAGGCAGCCGACUCCAAGAAGCGCCAGCGCGACAUGGAGCGCAAGAAGAAGCUCGAGGAGGCCCUGGCCCGCCAGUCCCACGAGGAUGAUGGUGAGGACCAGGACGAGGAGAAGUAA